UCCCUGGCCGCCUGUUGGGACAGCCCAAGUCCUGGCGGCUCCGUCCUGCUGGGUUAGCGGGGAGGUCUGAGGCCGGGAACCGCCUGCUUGGUUUAACUCGGAGCAUGCCCGCGUGGCUGCUUUUCUUGUAGGCACAAAGGCCCAAGCAGGUCUCUCUGGCUCUAGUCCUUUGUUAAUUUAACAGAGUCUGUGGCACCUGCUGGGUCCUGGCUGUUCAUGCAGCGGGGAGUGAGACCCUCCUCUCCGGGGUGACAGCACCCGCUGGCACCCUGUUACUCCCGUGGUUGCAGGUGGUGACCGAUGCUGGGGAGCGCAGGGGUCUGUGAGGACCAGUAAUGGGGUGCGGGCUGAAGGCUGAGGCAGCUCAGGGAGGGCUGAGCCCAGACAGUGGAACAGGGAGGAGCUAUCCGGGCAGAGGGCGUGCUGCGCAGAGGCCGAGCCAAGGUCAGCGUGGCCAGGACACCGUGAGGAGAACAUUGCUGUGCCUCUUGUCCCCACCUGCGUGUGGGCCUCUUUGGGCCUCAGCCAAGUGGGACCUUACUCUGAGGCCCUGGACCUGGGCUUGGGGCUCCCGCAGCGGGGAAAACCCUAAAUGGACCGGACAGAUAGGAUUUCAGACUUGCUGUGACUCCACCCAGAGCCCCAGUGGGAAGAAGUUCCGGAGCAAGCCCCAGCUGGCCCGGUACCUGGGGGGCUCUAUGGACCUAAGCACCUUUGACUUCCGGACUGGCAAGCUGCUGAUGAGCAAGAUGAACAAGAGCCGCCAGAGGGUCCGCUACGACUCCUCCAGCCAGGUCAAGGGCAAGCCCGACCUGAACACAGCCCUCCCCGUCAGGCAGACAGCCUCCAUCUUCAAGCAGCCGGUGACCAAGAUCACCAACCACCCCAGCAACAAGGUGAAGAGUGACCCCCAGAAGGCCGUGGAGCAGCCUCGCCAGCUCUUCUGGGAGAAGAAGCUGAGUGGCCUGAAUGCCUUCGACAUUGCCGAGGAGCUCGUGAAGACCAUGGACCUCCCCAAGGGCCUGCAAGGCGUGGGACCCGGCUGCACAGACGAGACCCUGCUCUCGGCCCUCGCCAGCGCCCUGCACACGAGCACCAUGCCCAUCACCGGGCAGCUCUCGGCCGCCGUGGAGAAGAACCCCGGGGUGUGGCUGAACACGGCCCAGCCCCUCUGCAAGGCCUUCAUGGUGACCGACGAGGACAUCAGGAAGCAGGAGGAGCUGGUGCAGCAGGUGCGCAAGCGGCUGGAGGAGGCGCUGAUGGCCGACAUGCUGGCGCACGUGGAGGAGCUGGCCCGGGACGGGGACGCCGCGCUGCACACGCCGGGCGCCGACGAGGGGGACGAGGGGGACGAGGAGGACGAGGAGGCGGAGCCCGAGCAGGACGAGGAGGCGGGGCCCGUGUAGAGCGGUCGCGGGAAGAGGGCCUCGCCCUGCGCAGGGCGGUGGCUGGGCCGGCCUCCCUGGAGGGCAGCCCCCCCUCCCCCCGCCUCCCCCAGGACGCUGAUGGCGCCUCUCCGUGUCCUUGCAGAGGCCCCACCCGCGGACUAGGCCCGGGCGCGGUGGCCGGCUGGCCCGGGAGGAAGGCGGCCCCUCCUUCCCAGGCAGGGCCCCCCCCGGGUCCCCGGGGGCACAGCUGGAGAACAGCCCCCUGCCCGAUGGGCCACCCCGCUUGCUCUUCUCUGGAGGGCGUGGGUCCCGAAGUGCCAGUGGCUCCCGCGCCCGCCUGCGGGAGGCCCCCCUCGGAGCCGUCACUCCGCGGUGUCCCACAGCUGCCGCACGCGGACAGCUGCCACCGGGCCGCCUGCGAGGGUCCUCAAGGGGCUGGAGAGACAGGUUUCGGGCCAGUCUUGCUCCCUGAUCCCUGCGUGAGAGACGAUGUUCCAGGGCCAGCCCGCCAGCUGUUCGGAAGGGGGUGCGGACCGCUCCCCUGCGCGCCGGCCAGCGGGCAAAGCCACGAUGGCCCGGAGCUCAGCCGGGGGCUGUGGUGCCACCCAGACGUUUCCCUUCAAGAAACCCGGGACUCAGGAGGCCGGAUGGCCACGUGCCAGCUCUGGCCGUGUGUGUGCCGCACGUGGACACGAACCCUCCAUCACACCUGCCCUGUCGGACGCUCAGCCACCGGAGACCGCAAAUGCUCACAGCUGAUUCGUGGGCCGGCCUCCGUGCCUCCCCGUCCCUGUCCCGCGCGGCCGGGACCGUGACGCCCGGCUCUCAGGGCCACAGCUCUCCCAACUUCCCAUCCUAGGGGUGCUUUACGGCCCAGCAUCUCCAGGCACCCGGUGCCUCGCACGGCAGCCUCCGGGGGCUCCGGGCACAGGUCGUCCAGAUUGCGUUCCUUAACCCCCGUCCCCUCCAGCCCUGAGUGCCUUGGGUGAGGGGAGCCCCCCCGGCCCGCCCCGCCCCUGCAGCUGUCACGCUGGCGGGUGUGGGGGGAGGGGGGCCAGCGCUGCCCGGGGACGUGCCCCCGCAGCAUGGUUCAGGCCCAGUCAAAGCACAAACCCUUGAGAGCCACCCCCGGGUGCCCCGCGUGGGCCGUGGUGCCGGUGCUGCGGGGGCCCUCAGGAAGGCCCCUCCGCGAGCCGCUGAGGCGGAGCUCCGUCCGGGGCUGGCCCCUGUGCGGGCCUGGGUGCGGGGGCGCCCGGGAGGCACCCUGUCGGUGGGCAGCCGUUGAAUAAAGCCAUCUCGGUGAGUGUG